UGAAAUAUCGACCUUACACGAAAGUGUCCACCCUGACUGGACUGCUUCGAUCCGUGUGAUAUGUAGAAGUACUUAUAAUUUGAGGUUAACUCCAAUAAAUUUCACUAAUUUUUGCAAUUUGAGGUCUCUCAUUUAAGUUUAGAACAUUGUUAUAACGUUUUGAAAAAAUGGGUUCAAAUAAAAGGCAUAAAAGCGAGAAAUCUCGAGAGAUUCAGAAGAAGCGUCAUCGCAGUCGAUCGCGUUCGCAUUCACCCGAACGUGAGAAGAACGAAAAGCACAGACACCACAAAAAGCAUAAGAGGAAAGAACGCAAGGAUUACGACAGUGAUGUUGAAAUUGUUAGUGCACCACCGCCUCCAAAAAUAUCUAAGUCUCAUGUGUCCACUCCACCGCCGCCAGAUAUAUCGCGACACAGAACUCCUACCCCGCCUAAAGGUGGUGCAUCGGAAACAUCUUUGUCGAUCGAGGAAACCAACAGACUUAGGGCCAAACUUGGGUUAAAACCUUUAGAAGUUGAAACAACUAAAGACGAUUCAAAUAAAAUUAAAGAUGACUUAGGAGAGUUCUAUCACAAACCUGCGCCAAAUGUCAAUGAUAAAUUAAAGGUUCAAAAGAUUAAGGAAAAAAUCAGCAUACAAAAACAAAAGAGACAAAUCGAAUCCAAUUUAGCUAAAAUUAAAGCAUUGGGUGAAAGCGAUUCAGAUGAUGAUGUAAAAAUCUGGGUUGAUAAAAAUAGACGGUUAACUGAAGAAAAAAAGAAAGCAGAAGAAAGGGCAAAAAUGUUGGACCAAUUAGACGAGGAAUUUGGAAUUGCAAAUUUGGUCAAAGAAGAAGUACAACAUGAAAGAAGCGCAGCAUAUACAAGGAAACAUUUGAAAGGUCUAAAAGUGGAACAUAGUAUUGAAAGAUUUGAAGAAGGAAAAACGGUAAUUUUAACGCUAAAGGAUCAAGAUGUCCUUGCAGAAGAUUAUGACGUUCUUGUCAACGUUAACAUGCUAGAUGAUGAAGUUUACAAACGGAAUAUCAUAAAUAAAACAAAGAAGCCUGGUUAUGAUGCUUAUGAUGAUGAUAAUUUUGAUGAAUUUGGGCAUCCAAAGAAUAAGGUUUUAGAGAAAUAUGAUGAAGAGAUUGAUGGAGAGAAAAAAGAAAGUUUUGCUUUAGGCAUUGAUAAUCUUAAAGAAUGGAAACAGAGACAGGCUGAAAUAGUGAAACAACGUCUUGCUAAUAAAAAGCUAGAGACUUUAAAACUUCCUGAGCUAAAAUUAGCCAGUGAGUAUUAUAAUGACGAAGAAUUGGCUAAAUUUAAGAAACCAAAGAAAAAAGUGAGGAAAAUAAGAACAAAAAAAAUACUCAAAGCUGAUGAUCUCGUACCCGAUAGUAAUGACUAUUUGAGAGAUCUUGGAAGCCGAAGAAAUCGACGCGGUGAACAGAUGAGACAAGAGGACUUGGAUGGUAUUUUAGAUGUUGACGACUUAGAAGCACCCAAAGAGGAUCUGUCUGGAAUUAAAAUCGAGGAUGACGACAAGGAAUUAGACCUACAAUUGGCGUUAAAGAAAGCGCAACGUUUGAAGAAACCACACACGUCGAGCAUCGAAGAAGUUGCUGAAACUAUAAAGCAGGAAAAUGAAAAUUCUGAAGAUAAUCAAUCUGGUAAUAUUGUUCUUAACGCCACCGCCGAAUUCUGCAGAACAUUAGGCGAUAUUCCUACUUAUGGACUUGCUGGGAACAGAGAAGAUAAUGCUCAAGAGAUUAUGGAUUUUGAAGUUGAUGGAGUUAAAGACGAAUCUAUAAUGGAAACAGAGGAUGGAGAUAUACGCGGUGCUUGGAAUACAGUACAAUUAGAUGAAGCCGUAUCUGAACCAGUUGCAUUAGAAGCUGCGAUUUUGGACGAAGAACCAUCACUUGGACAGGGUGUAGGUGGCGCCCUGAGACUCGCAAUGAGUAAAGGGUACUUACAGAAAGAGGACACUAAUCGCCCCUCAGCGUCGCGCUUUGCACACUUACAGGCACAAAGUUAUUCUAUAGAGGAUAAAAGUUAUGGCGAUGAUGAUAAAUUUGGAAGAAGAGACAGAUUUAAUGGGCCAACUUCUGACUUCAAAGAGAAAGAUGGAUUUAAGCCAAACGUAAAAUUAGAAUAUAUUGACGAUGAUGGACACGUGUUAAGUGCAAAAGAAGCUUUCCGAUAUCUUUCUCAUAAAUUUCAUGGAAAGGGUCCCGGCAAAAAUAAGGUGGAGAAAAGAAUGAAGAAAGCUGAACAAGAAGUUCUAAUGAAACGAAUGUCUUCGACGGAUACACCUUUAGGUACACUUAACUUGCUACAAGCUAAACAAAAAGAAACUCAAUCGCCUUAUAUCGUUCUUAGUGGCAGUAAACAAAUGCAAACGACUAGUAUAUCAAAGAGUAAACACUGAGUGCGAAGUGUCAUUAUAAUCAGGAUGUACAUAUUAUUAAAAACACACGAAACAAUCACUUUUUAAACAUUAGUAUUUUAAUCUAAUAACUAAUGCUCUAAAAGAUGGGAAUUAAUUGUAUUUACUCAUUCACCGCAUUCGGUCACUCUUCAGUGUAGAAUAUGUACUUGAAUUUGUAUUAUUUCAAUACUAUAUAAAUAGACAAAAAUGGAUUCAUAUUAGAAA